AUGGCAUCAGCCAUCUUGGUACCGCCGCCAGUCGGUCCCUACGAUGUCGCCAUGAGAGUCGAAUCAAUCACCGACCCAAGUCGGCCCGCCGAUCCCCUCGAUGCAAACAACCAUGUGUAUGGGCGUCGCAUCCUGUUUUCCAUCUUCCUACCGGUGGAAAAGCGAGGCACCCCAUGUCCUUCCAUGAAAGUCCCCUACAUGACGCCCAGAGUGGCUGCAGAUUACGGGAGACAGGCUGCGGAAGCCGGCCUCGACGAUGGGCUGUUUUCCUCCUUUGACAUGGAGCUCUGCGACCUGGACAGGCUGAACUCAUGUGGAGGGGCCAAGCAGAGACGCAAGGAGUAUGCCGUGGCGCUAUUCACACCUGGCCUUUCAGAAUCGCGGCUUUUAUACGGGGCGGGUGCGAGAUCUCUCGCCAGCCAGGGCUACGUGGUAGUCACUGUCGACCACCCGUACGAAGCUGAUUUCGUCGAGUUCCCCGACGGGACCGUCAUUGUAGGGAGGAACAUUUCGGGUGAUGACGAGCCGGCCAAAGAAAAAGCCAUAAAGGUCCGGGCUGCCGAUUUAUCCUUUGUCAUCGACCAGCUCCACAACCGCACACUCACCAGAUCGCUUCUCGACAAGUUCCCCGGGUCCCUGGACCUGGGGAAAAUAGCAGUCUAUGCGCAUUCUGUGGGCGGCGGUGCGGCGGCGACACUCACCCGAAACGACAAGAGGGUCCUCGGAGGCGUCGACUUUGACGGCCAGCUCGUGGAGCCGAUUCGGAGCCAGGGCCUGGACAAGCCGUUUCUGCUGGCUGGGCGGCAGGGGCACAGCGCCGCGAACUCUACGGACCCGACUUGGAAUCAGUUUUGGCCUCGCCUGGCCGGCCCGCGUGUUGAGCUGGCCAUCGACGGCACGGCUCACGGAUCCUACACUGAUCGGCCCUUGCUCGUGAGUGCUCUGGGGCUUCCUGAUGCUGUACUGGACCGGUUCGCGGGGGAUAUCGGGUCUGUCAGGGGCCCGGAACUGGAAAGAAUUGUGAACGGUGUGCUGGCGAGCUUCUUUGAUUUCGUCUUUUACGGCAAAAGGCAGCUGCUAGUCCGACUGCCCCGGGUGUACUCUGAAGUUUCAAUUACACGUAGCAAUUUUUAA